UCCUUACGGUACUGCCUGUGGACGAUAUGUCAGAUGAUGAUGACUUUUUCAUGAUAGGAGGCAACUCAAUAUCGGCUGCUCAUGUGGCAUAUAAUCUGGGAAUUGACAUGAGGUUGCUUUAUAUGUUUCCUAGCCCAUUUAGGAUUCUAAAAGCUUUGUUGGAUCAGAAGCAAAUUGGAGGAUUUUCUACUUCCGAUGCCAUAUUGGAAAAAAGACUAAGAGCAGAUAAGGGCAGGAAUAUUUCGUUUGAAAUAACAAGAGAUUUUUUGAAUAAGAAUUCACUCGGAGAGCGAGUGAAGAAUAAUACUAGAACAAGGAUUGAUGAUCUCGUGAAGCUUAAUAGGAGUCAGAUAACUAAUCACCCUAUAAAGAUUGAAAGAUUGGCAUCUUGGGAUGAAACUGGGAAAAUGACAUCUUUUCAUCCCAGUCGACAUGAAGAUGAUCCCUGGCUAUCUAUUUGUGGGCUUUCCAAAAUGUGUUCAUUUAGUCGUUGCAACUUAACUGUGUUAGGAUCUGAAGGUUUAUUAAAACCCAAUUUUCAAGCUUGCUUACCUUUUGAAUUGUCAGUGCAAGGAAGGGGCCAUAUACAGGAAUUGUGGAAGGUCUUGCUAGAGUCAUGCGUAGAUUCUUCACCUGUUGUCAUGUUGAAAGACGGCGAUGUUUUCCUUUUCAUUGGUUCCCAUUCACAAAUAUUUCUUUGCAUAGAUGCUUUUAGUGGAUUGGUACGGUGGCAAGUCAUUCUGGAAGGACGUAUUGAAUGCUCAGCAGUAAUUACAGGAGACUUCUCUCAGGUUGUUGUGGGAUGCUACAAAGGAAAGAUUUAUUUUCUUGAUUGCACUACUGGGAGCAUAUUGUGGGCAUUCCAAACCUCUGGAGAGGUCAAGAUGCAGCCUGUUGUGGAUGAAGAUAGAGGUUUGAUAUGGUGUGGAUCGCAUGACCACCAUUUGUAUGCUCUUGAUUAUAGAAGACAACUUUGUAUUUCCAUGAUUUUAUUUGGUGGUAGUAUUUACGCUUCUCCUGCAAUUGACAAGGCACUCAAGAUGCUAUACGUUGCAACAACGAGUGGUUUUGUCAGUGGAGUUUCAUUGGAGGUUACACCUUUUAGCAUUUUGUGGAGGUAUGAAGCAGAUGCACCAUUAUUUGGAUCUCUAUGUCUAGAUUCUUCCAGUGGUAAUGUUUUCUGCUGCUCAGUGAAUGGGGAUGUGAUGGCACUAAGCCCAGUAGGGAAUAUCGUUUGGAAGGCGAAUGUUGGUGGUCCAAUCUUUGCUGGGGCUUGCUUGUCUUUCUCUCUACCUUCACAGCUGUUGAUAUGUUCUCGAAAUGGUGGGCUUUACUCUGUUGACAUGGAAAACGGAACUUUACUAUGGGAAUAUCAGACUGGUGAUCCCAUCACUGCCUCCGCUUAUGUGGAUGAGCUGUCCUGUGUGAUAUCCAAACCUUCACAUCCAUGCCACAGGUUGGUUUGCAUUUGCAGCAGCUCAGGAAGAAUUCAUGUGCUACGGGUCCAUCCCAAUGCCAAGCAAGAAAGUGCUGCUGGAGUUCCAGGAAACCAAUUGGUGGAGGAAUUUGCAGCCAUGAAUCUCCCAGGUGACACAUUCUCUUCACCUGUCAUGAUAGCUGGUCGCAUCUUCGUUGGCUGUAGGGAUGAUUAUUUACAUUGUGUUGCUCUUAGGAUUUGAUUACUAUUCUGGAGAAACGCAUAAACAAAAGCUGGUCUGCGCACCAUUUUGUUUGUAUUUUCAUAAAUGUUAUGCAGUUUGUAAUGACAAAAGUAUUAAAAUGAUCUCUACUCUUUAUAAGGAGCUAUUAAACGCAGAUUUUUUCUACAAAUAUUUAU